CCUGCUUCCGGGUGGCUGGCGGAAAUGGGCGAAUUUGAAUCUUGCUGGCCGUUGGAUGGGGUUGCUGUGGGUCGGUGUGCGGCGACGCAGCGCGAGACCCAGAAGUGAUCCGGCCGCUGUGGAACUUCUGCUCUGAGGGCCUCGGAAAUAGUAAUCUUGAUGCACACAAAAUAAUUUUGUAAAGAGAAAUGAGAAAAUAUUGAAUUCUUGGAGUCAGUGAUUCAACAGACCAUGAACUUAUGAAAGCACAAAAGUAAAAUGAAUGAAAAUAAACCUGAUAACUCCCAGAAGCUUGUUUGUGCCUUCUGUCGAAAAAAUGAUGACUGUCCUAGUAAGUAUGGAGAAAAGAAAACCAACGAGAAGUGGAAUCUCACUGUACAUUACUAUUGUUUGUUGAUGUCAAGUGGGAUUUGGCAGAGAGGAAAAGAAGAGGAAGGAGUUUAUGGUUUUCUAAUAGAAGACAUCAGGAAGGAAAUUAACAGAGCUUCCAAACUGAAAUGCUGUGUUUGCAAGAAAAAUGGUGCCUCAAUUGGAUGUGUUGCACCUCGGUGUAAACGGAGUUAUCAUUUCCCGUGUGGACUUCAGGAAGAAUGUAUUUUCCAGUUUACUGGCAACUUUGCGUCAUUUUGUUGGAAGCAUCGACCUGUUCAAAUAAUUACAUCUAAUAAGUAUACGGACUCCUUACCAUGCACCAUUUGUUUGGAAUGCAUUGAACCUGUUCCAACUUACAGCAUAUUACGAAGUCCUUGCUGUAAGAAUGCUUGGUUCCAUAGAGACUGUUUACAGGCUCAAGCAAUAAAUGCAGGAGUGUUUUUCUUUAGAUGUACAAUAUGCAAUAAUAAUGACAUCUUUCAGAAAGAGAUGUUGAGAAUGGGAAUUCAUAUUCCAGAAAAAGAUGCAUCUUGGGAAUUAGAAGAAAAUGCUUAUCAAGAGCUUCUGCAGCACUAUGAGCGUUGUGAUGUCCGGCGAUGUCGUUGCAAGGAAGGGCGAGACUAUAACGCACCUGAUAGCAAAUGGGAGAUAAAGCGUUGUCAGUGCUGCGGUUCCAGUGGAACACAUUUAGCCUGUUCCUUACUACGAUCAUGGGACCAAAAUUGGGAGUGUUUGGAAUGUAGAAGUAUUAUUUACAAUUCAGGUUUCCAAAAAGCCAAAAAACGUACAUUAUCCAACUCUAAUAAUUUGGCAAUUAGCGACUGUUUGGAGGAAUCAUCACCUAAAUUACCCAGACAGUCACCUGGAGCCCAGAGUAAAGACCUACUUAGGCAAGGCAACAAGUUUAGAAGAGAUGUUUCAACCAUACUCAUAGAGUUAGGAUUCCAAAUUAAGAAAAAAACUAAAAGGUUAUGUAUCAACAAAGGCAAUAUCUGGAAUAGUGCCUUAGAUGAAUUCAGAAAUCAAAAUUUUAACCCUUUACAAAUAAUUGAAGUUGCUUAUGUUAGUGAAGAUGAUCCUUUUGGAAGAGAGCAUCCUGGGUCAAAGCACGAAUUUCUAAGUCUCUUGAUGCAGCAUCUUGAGAACUCAUCAUUGUUUGAAGGGUCCUUGUCAAAGAACUUGUCUCUAAAUUCUCAAGCUGUGAAAGAGAAUCUUUACUAUGAAGCUGGCAAAAUGCUUGCCAUUUCUUUGGUUCAUGGUGGUCCUUCACCUGGUUUCUUUUCUAAAACCUUGUUUAAUUGCCUUGUUUAUGGACCAGAAAAUACCCAACCAAUUUUAGACGAUGUUUCAGACUUUGAUGUGGCACAAAUUAUAAUCAGGAUAAAUACUGCAACAAAUAUGGCUGACUUAAAUUCUGUAGUAAAUGAAUGUUAUAGCUAUCUAGAGCUUAUUGGAUGCCAAAGACUUACAACAACUUUAAAUGAUAAGUAUAUGUUGGCAAAAGACAUACUUGUUUACCAUGUAAUUAAGAGAGUUCAAGCACCCUUUGAAAGUUUUAAACAGGGUCUCAAAACUCUUGGUGUUUUGGAGAAAAUCCAGGCUUACCCAGAAGCGUUCUGUAACAUCCUAUGUAAGAAACCUGAGAAUCUGUCUGCAAAAGUCCUUAGUGAUCUUUUCACAGUUCACACAUUACCUGGAAUACAAACUUUGGCAUUUUGGAACAGUUACUUACAGACUGUUGAAGAUGGCCAGUCUACAACAACACUGGAAGAUAUUCUUCUUUUUGCAACUGGUUGCAGUUCCAUUCCACCUGCUGGAUUUAAACCCACUCCUUCAAUUGAGUGCCUGCAUACGGAUUUUCCCAUUGGGAACAAGUGUAACAACUGUUUGGCUCUUCCAAUCACCAGUACAUAUAAAGAAUUUCAAGACAAUAUGGAUUUCGCCAUAAGAAAUACUCUAAGACUAGAAAAGGAAGCAAGUUCUCACUACGUUGAACAUUAAAAUGUUUGAACGAAAUGCUUCUUUAAAAGCUGCUAUUGAUAACUCCUUUCAGAAAUCUAUUAAUCAUCACUUUGAACUAAUCUGUCAGCUUUUUGGUCCAAUAAAAUUUAUGAUCUAAACAUAA